AUGACUAUAACGGGCCUGAGUUCGCUCCACUGCGAGCACUUUAUUCCCAGUGCUGAGACUCCCGCAUUGGGCUUUACUCGCUGGUCUGACACCAACAUUGAUCGACCGUCUUUGGUUGUCAUUCCAGAAAAUGAGGCAGACGUUCAGGCUGCCAUGGGUCUAGCAAGAACCAAUCACCUCAUCAUUGUCACUGGUGGUGGCGGUCAUGGAACUUAUGUGCCUGUUGGGCCCAAGAACUUAUACUUGGACAUGAGAAAGUUCCAGACUAUCCUCCUGGACAAGGCAAGAUGCACUGUACGCAUCGGUGGCGGCGUAGUGACCGGGGAUUUGCUCAAGUCCCUGGCUUUGGAUGGCUAUUAUACUGCUCUGCCAAAUUCUAAUGCCGUGGGUGUAGUUGGCUGUGUCCUUGGGGCAGGCAGCACACCGUUGAACGGUCUGCAUGGGGUUAUGGCUGACAUGGUGCAAUCAUUUCGUAUCGUUGUCUCCGAGGACUCCGUCAUUGAGGUUAAAGCAUCUUCCACUGGGGAACAUUUGUCCCUCUUCAACGCUCUUUGUGGCGCUGGCCACGGACUCGGCGUUGUGACGGCCAUUACAACGUCUGCAUAUCCUAUAUCUAGUCUCAACAUGACGGAUGACAAGAUCUGCAUACGUUCACUUAUGUUCCCACCUACAUCUAUCGAAACGGCCGUGCGGGCAUUUCUGGACCUUUCACGACCGUCGCCGAAAGUGAGCAACACACUUACAUUCUUGCGCAUUCCGGUAAGUGGUUCUGCGAACGGUGUACCAGUCAUUGCUAUAGGUAGUACAUGUUUCGGAUCGCUCCGGGAUGCCAAGGAUGAAUCGAGCGCGCUGUAUUCCGAAAGAUUUGUAGAAGUGUCUUCAAAAGCAGGCACAGAUAUGGUACCAAUGGAGCACCUCAAUGACCGCUUCGAGCCUCAGAAUAAGCAUGGUGGACACAAAGCGAUUGCAUCAUGUCGACUCAAGGCCAUCGACGUGGAAACAAUAACCACGGCUUUUGAAAGUUGGCUGUCGGUAACGGAGAGAGUUCCUGGUGCCUGGCGAAGCAUCGUCGCGAUAUCGCGCUUCAACAGCACCAGGCAUAAGGAGUUGGGGGCCGGUAUUGGUGGUGAUAGGUUCAUUGAAAGUCGCGAUAGAGACUUUUCUGCCAUGACUAUUGUCAUGUGCAAUGACGCGGCGGGAUUAGACGCCAUGACGGACUAUAUGACCAAUUUCGUUCGUAUGAUGCGUGCAGGGGAUGCGAGUAGUACACCGAGAAGUUUUCCAAACAACCUGAGAUUUGGCAUCGACUUGGAGGAGAUGUUUGACAAACACAAGCUGGCCGAGCUCAGGCGUAUCAAGCAUAUAUGGGACCCGCAGGGCAUUUUCUGGAGCCCGUUUAUGAGCGACCCUGCGUAG